UAUUGCUAGUGCACUUAAACCUGUUUCUGCAUAGAAAAGGAAACCUCGAAAAAAAGAAGGAAAAGAAAAAGCCUUCAAAAAUCUCCACACUUGAAGCUGAAGAGAUAAGAGAAGAAGAAACAAACUACAUCUCUCCCACUUGAAGCUGAUCAUCCACGAGCUUAAACAAAACCAACAAACAAACAAAUCACAUGGAAGUCUAGAUAAGGUGGUGGAACCACCUCUUCAGUUUGAUUACCUCUUUCCCCAUCCAUACCUUGCUCAAAAGCUCACAUAUACCUCUUGGCUUUUUAGUUUUUUUUAAACCCAUUUCCUACCUUACUCCAAUAAACCAAUUAAAACGAAAAUAAACACACCAAAAUGCCUUCAAAAAUCUCCAACAUCCAAAACCAAAAGUCACGUUUUUUUGCUCUUUCUUAGUUCUCCAAUUUUCACAACUACUGCAUGUCAACACUUUUGCCGCCAUACUCUUUUCUUUCUUUUGUACUCCAAAAGAUUGUUGUUUACUUCUACUCUUAUUUUAAUGGGUUUUGUUUUGUUUUGCCUUUGGACAAAAGUUUCAACUUUCAACAAAAUAUUAGUUAAUGAGGUAUCGAAAAAAGGUAUACUUUGUGCUUGUUUACAAGGCUGAAUUUGGUAUUAAUUGAGUGAUAAGGAAGGAAUUACUGAGAUUCUUCCAUGUGGGGGUGUUGGGGAGAGCUUGGAAUUUGAAUAAUCUUUUCAUUCUUUAUUGGGUAGCCAAUGGAUACUAUAUUUUACCUUUCUUGAACCUUUUUGAAGGGGGGGGCCUGCAUUCUUCAUGGAACUCACUUUUAGCAAAUGGGUAUGUGCAUUUCUACUGUGUUGUUGGCUCUACUUUUCUAAGGGAUACUCAGUGGAGGGAUUACGUGGGGAUUCUAAAGUUAAAGCAGUGAACUUGGGAGGGUGGCUGGUUGUGGAAGGUUGGAUUAAGCCUUCACUGUUUGAUGGCAUUCCCAAUGGAGACAUGCUUGAUGGAACAGAGGUACAAUUUAAGUCAGUGACAUUGCAGAAGUAUGUGUCUGCAGAGAAUGGAGGAGGUAUGAUUGUUACAGUUAGCAGAGAUGUUGCAUCUUCGUGGGAAAGCUUUAAGUUAUGGAGAGUUUCAGAAUCAGAAUUUCAGUUUCGCACCUCCCAAGGCCAAUUUCUAACAUGUGAUGGAGUAGGUUGCUCUAUCUCUGCAACUGCAGAAUCACCUUCCACGUCAGAAACAUUUUUCAUUGAAAGGAAUAACAGUAGAGUUCACAUCAAACUCAAGAGUGGGGCUUAUUUGCAGGCUACAAUAGAAAAUCAGCUCACCGGAGACUAUCCAGGGACGCCAGGAUGGGAUGAUAAUGAAGCUACAUUUGAGAUGAUGAUUGUAGCAAAUAACUUGCAUGGAGAUUACCAGCUUGCAAACGGAUAUGGACACAAUGAUGCCAAAAAGGUUCUUCAGAGACAUAGAAACACUUUUAUCACUACCGAAGAUUUCCAUUUUUUGUAUAGACAUGGAAUAAAUACUGUGAGGAUCCCAGUUGGCUGGUGGAUUGCUUCUGAUCCUAAUCCUCCUGCUCCAUUUAUUGGAGGUACUCUGGAAGCUCUGGAUAAUGCAUUCUCAUGGGCACAAGCCUAUAACAUUAAGUGCAUAAUCGACCUUCAUGCAGCUCCUGGCUCCCAAAAUGGGAUGGAACAUAGUGCUAGUCGAGAUGGUUUUACAGGCUGGCCUUCUCCAGAUUACAUCUCUCAAACAUUGGAUGUUAUAGAUUUUCUAGCUUCCAGGUAUGCAAAACAUCCAGCAUUACUAGGAAUUGAGCUCUUAAAUGAACCAUCAGCAGCCACAGUUCCAUUGGAUACUUUAGUUUCAUAUUACAAACAAGGCUACCAAAUUGUUCGAAAGUACUCAUCAACGGCUUAUGUAAUAAUUUGCCAAAGAAUUGGCAAUGCAGAUCCCUUGGAACUUUAUCAGGCUAACAUAGGCUCUCACAACAUAGUGGUGGAUUUGCAUUUCUACAAUCUCUUUGACCCUUUCUAUGUUAAUAUGAGUGCUGCGGAUAAUAUACAAUUCAUAUACAAGAGCAGGGAAGACCAAUUACGGGCCCUCAACAGCACAAAUGGUCCACUUGUUUUUAUUGGGGAAUGGGUGAAUGAAUGGAAUGUGACGAGUGGGUCUCAGACAGAUUACCAAGAGUUUGGGAAGGCCCAGUUAGAGGUUUAUGAUUCAGCUUCCUUUGGAUGGGCAUAUUGGACACUAAAAAAUGACAGAAAGCACUGGGAUUUUGAAUGGAACAUAAGGAACAAUUAUCUCCAACUAGGUGAUUCACCCAACAAGAAAAUUUUCAACAGUUUAAUGUUGCUUGGGUUGACAUGUGCCUGGUUCUGCAUGCAUUCUUUAUUGUGAAGUCACAACUAAGUUGCAUCAUGACCUACCGUUGAAGAGGAAGAUUUUACCAUGCGGCAUUUCUUUGAUUUUUGGCUUCUCAACCAUCGCAUUCGUGUUCUCUUACAAAAUUGCAAAGUGCAAUAAUAUUGCUAUAGCAGAAAGAAUCUACAGAAUUUGUAGAUGAUACUGUAAAAACUUCAAGGCUAUAUGUUUUACACUCAAUAAUAUUCAGAGGAAAAUUUUCUUCCUAAUCUCGCUUUCCUAGUAGCCUUUUGUGCAAAUGCACUUUCUCAUGUCAAUUCAUUCUGUUAUCUAAAGCCAUCUUUUGUAAACAAAAAUGUAAAGUCUCUUGACCACCUGACCAACUGAAAA